ACCCCAACACUGCCCUGCCUGCCCCCCUUCACUGACAGACACCCUGUGACUGCCACUCCCCAUUCACUGACAGACACCACGCGACUGCCCUGCCUGCCAUUCACAGACAGAACCAUUGUGACUGUCACUCCCCAUUCACUGACGGAACCCCAUAGACACCCCGUGAAUGCCCUGCCCACCCCUCCCCCCCAUUCACUGACAGACCCCCCACAUCCAAUGACACAUCAAUGACCCCCCCAGGCCCAUUAACUGACAGACUCCCCCACACACACCCAGUGACUGCUCUGCCCCCCCACCCGCGCAUACCCACUGCUCCCAUUUGCUGACAGACACACACACACACACAGUGACUGCGCUGUCUACAAACAGCCACAGCUCAUGUGCACAUCAUGCGCACACUACUGCCCGCCCCCAUUCAUUGACAGACCCCACCCACCACACACAUCUCAUGUGUGCACACAGUAUGCGCACAUCCAUUGCCAAUCCCCAUUCACUGACAGACACACCCAGUAACUGCUCUUCCACUGCUCACACACACAUCAGCUGGGCACACACAGCACUUGCAAUGUUUGUCGUGCCUAUACAAUAGUGCUUAAUUGAUCAGAUUUACUUUUAUUGCUAGACAGAUUCUCUUUCUGGUUUUUGAUCUGCAUGCUGCACUCCCUGCGUUGCAAUUACCUUGGGAGGGAUGUUUACAUUCAAAUUCUUCAUUGAAAUUUUAGAAAAUAAUAUUAAAAUGUUUCAGUUAAUAUGAGGAUUUAAAAAAUCUUUUCCUCUUUACAAAAAUCUAAACUUUUGGGCAUAAACUAUCCAAUCGAGAUGCUUUAAGACCUGGAAAAGCAUCUAGAACUACUACUCCCAGAAUCCCAACAACUCUCAAAGCAUGCCUGGGGCCUCAUCUGUAUAAGACUGGCAGCAGGAACAGACCUAUAGAGAGUACGUGAAGGAGGAUGUGUCAGCCAAUGCAAUGUUAGCAUCUGUGUGACUUCUGUUCAUUCAGAGGCGGAGAGACAGAACAGAGCGGUGCUGAAAGUGCAAGAUGAGUACUGCCUUAGUGAAGAGGCCGAGCCUUCCCCCACCCCAGCUGAGUGAAAAGAGAAGGCAGGGCCAUGUGGCUUUCACUCUUUGGAGUGAACUGCAUACGCUGACCAUGGAUUCCUCUGGAAAGCCAGUUCUUUAUAGUUAUUUCCGAAGUUCCUGCUCCUGGAGAGUGAGAAUUGCACUGGCUUUGAAGGGAAUUGCCUAUGAUCAAGAACCAGUGAACCUCCUGAAGGAUGGGGGACAGCAGCUGGCCAUAAUUCAGUACCUGGAAGAGACUCGGCCUAAUCCCAGGCUGCUGCCUCAAGAUCUGAAGAAGAGAGCCCAAGCCCGGAUGAUUUCGGAUCACAUUGUUUCUGGCAUUCAGCCCCUGCAGAACCUGACUUUCCUGAAACAAGUGGGAGGGGAGAAGCUGGAAUGGGCUCAACGCUAUAUUACAUGUGGUUUCAAAGCUCUGGAGCGGAUCCUGCAGCACACCGCUGGGCGCUAUUGUAUUGGGGAUGAGGUUUCCAUGGCUGACUUGUGUUUGGUCCCUCAGGUUUACAAUGCUGAGAGAUUUAAAGUGGACCUGGCUCCAUACCCCACGAUCACCAGAAUCAAUAAAGCCCUUCUGGAGCUAGAGGCAUUCCAAGUGAGCCACCCAUGCCGGCAGCCGGAUACCCCCGCAGAGCUGCGAGCCUAAGGUCCUUCCUACAAGCGGGCUCUGUUCCUCUCUAAAGCACAAGGGCAGGGGUGGCAGAGAAAUGGAUCACACCCUGCCCAGAGAAGGAAAGCCAAAUAAGUGCCCAACAGGCAGCCAUAGCAUUGAUGCAUCCUUGCCAGCUGCAUAGGAGGAAGGAGAAAGAGAGCGAGCGCCCCAGCCCCUGUACUCUGAAAGAAGCAGUGGGUGGCCCAUUGCAGACCUGAGUAUGGAAGGGAAAGGUCAUGCUUACCCCUGAUCAUGUUUGACUACCUUCAAUCUCACCAUGUAGCAGAUUAAAGGAGAAGCAUCAAGAGCUA